AUGUCUAAUCUGGCAUUAACAUACCGGGAUCAAGGCCAGUGGAAAGAGGCUGAGGAGCUGGAGGUACAGGUGAUGGAGACUCAUAAGAUAAAGCUUGGCGAGGGUCAUCCUAAUAUACUGAUGAGUAUGGCCAAUCUGGGAUCAAUAUACCAGAAUCAAGGCCGGUGGAAAGAGGCCAAGCAGCUAAAGGUACAGGUGGUGGAGGCUUAUAAGAUGAAGCUUGGCGAGGAUCAUCCUAAUACACUGACGAGUAUGGCCAAUCUGGCAUUGACGUACUGGAAUCAAGGCCGGUGGGAAGAGGCCGAGCAGCUAGAGGCACAGGUGAUGGAAAUAAACAAGUUAAAGCUUGGUGAGGAUCAUCCCGACAUACUGAUGAGUAUGGCCAAUCUGGCAUUAACAUACCAGAAUCAAGGCCGGUGGGAAGAGGCCGAGCAGCUAGGAGUACAGGUGAUGGAAACAAGCAAGAUGAAGCUUGGUGAGGAUCAUCCUGACACGCUGAGAAGUAUGAGCAACCUAGCUGUGACCCUCUGGUCAGUAGGUCAAGCCAAACCUGCCUUACUUUUAUUGGCCGAAUGCGCUCGAAUGCGCGAGCAAAAACUAGGCCUGGAUCAUCCGGAUACCAUAUGUUCCAAGUCUGCUCUCGAAAAAUGGCGUAGGAAGGAGAUUUCCACAUCUUCAUCCUCUCAAUUCUCUCAGGCGUCGACUGAAAGCAAAAAGAACCAAAUGCUAUCAAAUUGCCCAGAAAUCUCCGAGCAAGUGCCCAGGCAAGACGGACGCCGUAGGCGCACAAUCCUCUCGCGCCUAUUUCGGAGGAAGUAG